AUGUCCCAGCAAGCCUCUGUGACUGAUUGGCAAAGUCCAUCCAUCCCUCCGACCAUCCGGCGACCGUGGCGUGUCUAUGAGGAGUAUUUGGAGGACAAGGUGGCAGAAGCCGCAAGCCAAUCGGUGGAGGUGACUGCGGAGACGCGAGAACAGAUCUCUGCAAUUCAGGCCAAGGGAGCAAAGAUGGCUUUCAUGGUCUUGCCUGAUGCGGUGCAGAGGACUUACACAGAGGUGGCCAUCACCGAGCUCGCAGCCUUCGUACACUGGCGGAAAUCGCAGGUGGCCCUCCAGGAGAAAGGCGAGAUCCCUCCAGCCACGGAGUUCGAGGGUGGCUGGGAUUUGCUGAACAUCGAGGAGAAGAGCGAAUGGCUGCCAGAGAAUCCCCGAGCCUUCCUGGCGGCAGAUGCGCAGUGGGUGGCGUUGCUCGCUGAGCAUCCGCUGCGAGAGCCAGGCGCUAAGCCCAGCGUACCAAUCAAAGGAGAAGCCAGCAAGAGUGCUCCCGUGAAGCAGCAGGCAGUUGUCAAGAAGGAGCUGAAGCAGGAUCCUCCAGCGAAGGUUCAGAAGCAAGAAGCACCAAAGGAGAAGGCCGUUGUGAAGCAGGAGCCCACGAAGCCGAAGAACGGGACCGAGGCACCAAAGAAGGCUGUGGUGAAGCAGGAACCAAAGCAAAGUGAGCCCGCAAAGACGGCCCCAAAGCAAGAAGCUCCGAAAGGGAAGGCAAAGCAAACAGAAAAGCAAGAAGCUCCCAAGGAGAAGGCCUCCAUCAAACAGGAACCCAAGUCAAAGGUGCCUGUGCCAGCGACCGGGCCGGACAAAGUGGAGAAGGAAGCACCCAAGGAGAAUGCACAGGCGGUGAAGCACGAGUCCACGGAGUCAGUCAAGGAGUCGAAGCGCAAAGAGAAACCAAAAGCAAGGGAGAACUCGAAGGCGAAGCCGGGGAAGCCCAAGGCGCAGCCAAAAGCGCCCAAGGCCAAGGCGAAGGUUAUCAAGGCGGCUCCCAAGACUUCUCUGGAGCAGAGGCUAAAGAAGAAGUCCGCACGCCAAAACCGGGAGGCCGAAGACGACCAUUUGAUGGCACUGGUGCCCAGAAGCGAGGAUGAACCGGAGGAAGCGCCGGAGCCAGACGUGGCGGAGCAGGCUCCACUGCAGGCGGCAGAUCCUGGGGCGCCCGCCCCACGGGGGCGUGCACCCCGUGCGGCGCGCGCGCCACGUGCGCCGCGUGCACGGCGGGCACCUGUGAACCAAGGCCCUUCCCAUCGAGUGAAGGCAGUGGCGGCGAAUCUGUUUCCUGAAGCCUUGGAAGCGACCUGCUGCAAGUGCAGUGGAGGCACUGUGGAGGAUGGCAACGAUCUGGGGAUGUGCGACCGCUGUGACAAGGCCUUUCACCAGAAGUGUCAUGAUCCAUGCGUGAGAUACUUUGGUCAUCCCGAUGACCAGUGGUUCUGUGCCCAGUGUACCUUGGACUUGGCGCAGAUGCGACAGCUGAAGUUGCAGGUGGAGGAGUUCUGUUGGGUCCAAGCGGCCGGCGAGACGAUGCCAUGGCCGGCCCAAGUGCUGCGCAUCGACUUCUCCUCCUUGGCGGAUCCGAAACCCUACUGGGUCCAGUACUUUGAUGCCGGCCCGCCUGAAGGCGCCUGGGUUGGGGACACUCACGUGAAGUGCUGGUCCGAAGGCCCUGGCUUCAUGAGCAUUGCCCAAACCAAGCGCCGCAACGCGGUGCGCUUGGCCGAGGCCGCAGGGGCUCCCACUGUGAGCAUUGACCGCCUGCCCAUUGGUGGUUCGCAACCAGCUGCCCGCAAGCGUCCCCGCACGGAGAUGGAGGCGGAGGCGCCACGGAAAAGGGCUCCGGGAGGAGCUGGAGACGAGGAGCAACAGGUGCGCCGCAGCAGACGUGGAGAGGCCAACGUGACGCUGCUCACCGAGUUGAAGCCGCGGCCGCGCGCAGGCGCCCGCUUGGAGUCGCCUGAAGUGCGGAAGCAGCUUCCAGCAGAUGUGGAAGGCCCUCCCUCGACGGAGAAGCAACCGCGUGGAGAGCGACAGGCAAAUGUCGAUGAGACCAAGAACCUUGUGGCGCAGCUCAAGGAGCAGCAGCGCAGGGUGGAAGAAGCCGUGGCGCAGCAGGAGGCUGCGAGCUGA